AGUGUCUUCCUAGGAGAGGCGGCCGGUCCCUUCGAGCGCUCCCUGGCCCGGCAUGGCGGGAGUGAACUUCGGGGCGCAUCCGGUUGGCGCUGCUGGCCGCCUACCAGGAGGUGAUCGGGAGGGGAAGCCCCACGGAUGGGCUCUGUACACCUACGAGGAUGAGUCUGAUGACCUGAAGCUGGCUGCGUCGGGAGGAGGUGGCUUGCAGGAGCUCUCUGGCCACUUUGAGAACCAGAAGGUGAUGUACGGCUUCUGCAGUGUCAAAGAGCCCCAGGCAGCUCUGCCCAAAUACGUCCUGGUCAAUUGGGUUGGGGAGGACGUGGCCGAUGCCCGCAAGUGCGCCUGUGCCAGCCACGUGGCCAAGAUCGCAGAGUUCUUCCAGGGUGUGGAUGUGAUCGUUAACGCCAGCAGUGUGGAGGACGUGGACCCGGGGGCCAUCGGGCAGCGCCUCUCCAACGGCCUGGCUCGCAUCUCCAGCCCCGUGCUGCACCGCCUGCGGCUGCGAGAGGAUGAGAACGCCGAGCCCGUGGGCACGACCUAUCAGAAGACCGACGCGGCUGUGGAGAUGAAACGGCUCAACCGGGAACAGUUCUGGGAACAGGCCAAGAAGGAGGAGGAGCUGCGGAAGGAGGAGGAGCGGCAGAAGGUGCUGGAGGAGCGGCUGCGCUUUGAGCAGGAGCGCAUGGAGCAGGAGCGCAUGGAGCAGGAGGAGCGGGAGAGACGUUAUCGGGAGCGCGAGGAGCAGAUUGAGGAGCACAGGCGGAAGCAGCAGACUCUGGAGGCGGAGGAGGCCAGGCAGCGUCUGCAGGAACAGUCCAUCUUCGGCGAGCAGCAGCACGAGGAGGAGAACGGCCAGGAUCUCAAGAAGUCGGAGUCAGAAGUGGAGUCUCUGUCUCCGUGCGUCUGUCUGUCUGUCUUUCUCUCAGCAGGUCGUCUGCACUGUUCUUUCAUAAAGACACCUGACAGUGGGCCGCCUUCCUCCUCCUCCUCCUCUUCCUCCCCCCCACGGACCCCCUUCCCCUAUGUCACCUGCCACCGCACACCAAACCUCUCCUCCUUCUUCCCAUGCAGCCAGUCGGACGCUCACAGAAAGGCCUCGGCUGUGGGCUGCAGCCCCUGUGACUCCAGCCCAGCCUCCACACCCAUCGGGGAGCAGAUCGAAAGGGCCCUAGACGAAGUGACGCAGCAGGCCCUGUGGAAAGACUCGCCUGGGCCCAGCAGCGAGGCGCCGGCGCCGCUGAUGGCAGACGAGCCGCCUGGGGGCCCUGAGUGGACAGCAGUGCAGGGGGGCAGGCUGGGCCCCACCGAGGACCUUGUGUUCCUGGAGCCCAGAGAGCCACUGCUAUUCCCCGUGGCCAUGGUGCCCGCAGAGGGCGAGUCCUCAGGCCACGCGCAGCCCCCCAGCCCCAGCCCCGAGAGCCUCAUUGACCUGUGGCAGAAUGACAGCACCACCCCGCCCGCUGCCUGGGAGCUGGCCACAGCUGCGCCGCCGGGGCCCCCCGUGCCCCUCCUGGUGGAGGUGGACGUGCCCCCAGCCACCCCUGCAUCCCCCGCUCCUCCUGACGACAACCUGCUGAACUUCGACGAGCUGCCUGAGCCACCAGCCACCUUCUGUGACGCGGAGCAGGACGAGGAGCCGGCCAGCCUCAUUGCGAUGGAAGGGCCGCACCAGAUGACGCUCAGCUACCAGCAUGCCCUGCAGGAGGCCGCCAGCGGGCAGCAGGCCCCCGAGCCCCAGCUGCUGACCAACGGGGAGAUGGCCCAGAAGGAAGGGGUGCAGGCCAGCGAGGGCUACUUCAGCCAGUCGCAGGACGAAGAGUUCUGCCAGGUGGAGACGUCUGCCAAAACUCCUCCUGCUGUGUUCUACGCCAAGCCCCCCGAGAUCGACAUCACCUGCUGGGACGCCGAUCCGGUGCCUGAGGACGAGGAGAGCUUUGGGGGCAGCGUCUAAGGCUGGGCCCUGUGCGUGUCAGAGCCCCGGGACCGCCACCGUGAGAUCCCAGCAGUGCAAGACGGCCACAGUGAGGGGCCCAGCCCCAUCCCUCUCCGUCUGCCUGUGCCCUGGGCCCAGUUGGACAGGCCAGCCCCAUGGCACCCCUGCCCCCGCAGGGCAACUUUUACAGCUUUCCUCUCUCUCUCUCUCUCUUUUUUAAAAGUUGUCUCACUAGGAGCCAUGUGGGUCCACCUGCCCCCCUUCCCCCAUAGCUCCGUGCUCCCCAACCCUGCUGCUCCUGCCUCUUUGCGUUGAGCUUGUAUAUUUCUGCGCACUCCUCAGCUUCCCCUACCCUGGUGCCCUGAGGGAGGCUGGGCAGCUGGUGCUCUGUGCAUGGGGCAGGGGCCUCAUUCGCCUCUCCCCUGCCAGCUCUGCCCAGAGCCCUGAGAACUUUGCACGAAUCAAAAAUAAAUAUGGCAAUAAAAUGACCCUGUGUGGGUGUGGCUCUGGCUGGCUGCAGCCCCUCACUUCAGCUGCACCCCAAGGUGCUUGUGCAGCAGAGCCCCGCCCCCAGAGGGGAAGGUGUUCCCCCUGCAGGUUUUAAGCACCCCUAGGGUGGGGGCUGGGAGAGAGCCAGUGCCAGGCUGCCUCUCCCUCCCUCCCUGCCUGAGGCUGUCUCAGCUGCAAGGACCCUCCCAGUCGCAGUAGGAGACCAUGUGGCGACCCCCCCCCCCACCGGGAGGCCCCUCUGCCCCCCCCCUCCUUCAAC